AUGCCUACCUUGGUAGACUUUCCCAGUGCUGAAGCUUCCGUCUCCAGAGAUAGAGCGCAGAUAAACGAUGAUGACGACGCUUCAGAGACAAUGAUCUUCGAUGAUGACACUGGCUCCAUAUUGUCUCUCAGCCGACAAGAAAGAAUGCGUGCUGCAAUUGACGAAUCCACUCUGCUCCUCUCUCCCGACACUGAAAAAGACGGUUACGGCAAUGGGUCAAACAGUCUCUUCGAUCACAUGAAUCAUACAAACGAUGACAGUAUCCUUUUGACACAACCCGAGUCGAAGAGUACCGCUGCUCGAUCUUAUCUCGACGUUCACGAAAAAGAGAACGAAAGAAGUUUUCACAACACUUCAGAGAGAGUCCAAACGAGAAAAGAGUAUGUCCAGGAAAACCAGCAGUGCCCAAAUCACGAUUUAUACCAAAGGAACUACAGCGCAUUUGUCAGUCGGACCAUUUCCAACUUUGAAGCUCAACAUCCAGGCCAGCUGCAGGACUAUCGUCAAAUGUCAGCCGAUGACAAGAAAGAUGCCCAGCUCAAUCUAAUGACCUUACUUGGUCGGCUUGGAAUAUCAAAGGGAAAGAAUGGUGGUAACGAAGGCACUCUCAGCAGAGCAUCAGAUUCUACAAUGGAUCAGAAUGAUUCGACGCUGUUGGAUGCUGGUCGGUCUCCACCUCCUCACUUUGACCCAGACGAGACCGCAUUGACGCUAUCACGUACAGCAAAAUCAAAGCGCGAAGUCUCUUUUCAUCAAGAUGUCUAUUUGGAGAAGCAACACCGUUCUAGGACUAGUGAUUGCAGCGAAGACGUUGACAAGUCCGCCAUGCUGCUGUCACCUCAAGGAGGAGACGUUGACAAAUCUGAAAUGUUAUUGUCCCCGCAAAGUUUUCAACCCUAUGAUACUGAACAUGGCAACGAAGAUAAUGAUGAUCAUUCCUUUGGAGUCCAAAAUGAUGAAACGGAUGAGUCCAUCCAAGAUUCAGUGGAGAUACCGCGUGCAGCAAGAGCUAGCUCUCCCGAAAACCUAUGCUACAACUCUCCCGAGCACAUUCGAAUCAAUCCCCAUAAGCGCCUUGCUUCUACCAGUGGGAAACGGGGGGCAGACAUAUCACGCCAACGACUCAGUCAAGAAUCAACGCCCCCGUCCCUUUCCGGCGCAAUUAGGGGUCCAGACUCAGAUAUUGAGUUGUCGUCACAUGUUCGACGUCUUUCGAUUUCAUCACCAGGAGAGCCGAAAGAUUUAUUUCUGGCAUCGCAGUCACCAAUUCAACCAAAAUCGACGUACGACUCUUCUGAUGAUGAGCUGUCUUCUCAAUCAGGUGAUGGUUCUGAUGUAAGGCGGUCACACUCGUUUAGACACUAUGCUCGACCAAGACAGUCUGAUGUGACAGUUGACACAAUUGAUUCAUACGCCCGAAAACCGAACCGAGGACGAGCGAUGAGAGAGGCUCCCGUGGGCAUAAAGUUAUUGCCUGGGGCGACCUUUCACCUUGAAAAGCUUUCCGUGAAAAGGACUGAAACGAUGAAUGCGAAGAAAGGGCCAAAGGAAAGAAGCAAGGGCAGUCGAGUGAAACGCUUCAUCAAUUUUCCUGACCCACUCGUGCGCUACAGCAAACGUCACCGUCGGGUGUUGAAAGAUCUAUUUGCUUGGAUUAGCGAUUCCGAAAAAGAAUCUGAUGGAGAAGAUGGUGGAUCACCCUCGAGCUGUGUUGUCUUUUCUCUUUCCGAAGAGAAGAUAGUCGAUCUGACACUGAAAGUGUUGCUUGCUGAUGCUGCAAUGGACGAUAAUCGAAGGCGCCAAGAAUGUGAUUCAGAAUUAGGAGGGAAAACAAUCAUUGUAGUCCGUGCCAAGGAAGACUUAUCCAAAUGGGAAACAGCUUUGCGAGAAGGAACAGGGUGCUCGGUUUUGAAUCAUGCCACGCUUCCGCUUUCAGAACGGGUUCGUUCUUCAACAGCGGAGAAAGCAAUUCGAUACGAUGUCGUAUUGACCACCUAUGAUGCUCUGAAAUCACCAGAUGUUGCUAUCCAAGUGGAUGAUAUGGGAUACGCUGUUGCAAAGCAGGCAGCACCGAGUGGAAGAGAAUGGUUUUCGUCGACCAGCUCGAACGAUGCGCCUCGAAUGUGCAAACAACUCAGUGUUCUUCAUCGAAUCACAUUCCAAAGAAUCAUCUUUAGCGAUGCCCUGGGCCGAAAGUCUUUUCUCGCAAAACCAGGAACCACUAGAGCGGUCGCAUUCAAUGCACUUAGAGCUGAUUCACGGGUGGUAUUCUUCACUGGCUUGGAAGACUUGGAGAUCCCUCCUUUACUGGCUCUGAAGAAAAGUGACAAGAGAGCAGUCCCCGCACUACUAUCCUUGCUUCGAUUAGCUGGAGAAGGCGAAGAUGAAAGGGACGUACUACAGGAGUGCAUUUGCGACGCAGAGGACAUGUAUGAUGGUUGA